UGUUGGCAUCGAUGUUUCUCCACCACUAGUUUAAAAGUAAAAAAGUUGUAAAGUCGAAUUCGUAGAUUUAACAGCGCAUAGCCACUGCUCGAAGCCUCCUUUUGCAACCACACCACAACAACAGAACAACCAUAACAUGGAGAACAUCGAAGAGGCCCCACCACUCUCUUCGGAGAGCAACAGCAAUAGCAACAACAGCAGCGCCAGCAGCAGUUCCCACCAGCUCUCUCAAUCGGCGGGUGGUGCCAUGGGCGCCGAAGAAGCCCCCUCUUCGUCUCAGUCACACUCCCGCUCUCAUUCGCCCGCCCCCUCUGCCCAAAUCGUUCCAAAUCCAAAUCCAAAUCCGAAUCCGAAUCCCCCCCACCCAUUGAAUCUCCCAUCUGAAAUGGAGGCUAGCGAGAAUUCACCGCAUGAUCACUCACCCACUCCUACUUUCCACCAGACUGCACCGCCACCCACAACUCCAUCGCCGGCACCGCAGCGGGAAGAGCGUGAGCAGCAGCCCCAUCCGGACUUACAGGACCAAGGGCAAGUUCAGCAGCAACAUCCCAACCAGGAUCAGCAGUAUCAAGCAUUGGAGCACCAACAACAGGAUCAGGCAUUGCAAGACCAACAGCAACAGCAAGCAUCGCCGGAUCAAGAGCCACAGCAGCAAUUUCAAGCAUUGGCAUCACAGGAGCACCUUGACCUGCAAGAUCAGCAGCAGCAGUCCCAUCGGGAGGAGCUAAUCCAGCAGCAAGAGUUGGCCAGAGAAGGCCAGCAAGCAGUUGAAAACCAGCCACAGCCAGCCAAUCAAGAGCUCGAUGAGCCACAAGUUCGGGAGCCGGAAAUCGAACCAGAAGCCGAGCCACCGCCACCGCUGCUCCUUGAGGAACUGGACGAGCAGGACUCGGGAUCGCAAGAUCUGAACGAGCAGCAGCCGGCAGUGAUCAUUGAGGCCAACGCCAUAGCCGAAACCAUAGACGCCAACGCCGUGGAGCGCAUCGACGACUACGAAGAGGACGACGACGAGGAGGUGGAUGAGGAGGAGGAGGUGGUAGAGGACCGGGUCGAUAGAGCCGCUGAGGUCCCAUCCGUUUCCGGUGCCGCAGGCCAGCAGCGUCUCCAUUCGGUGGCCGUUUUGCCACGCUACUCGUCUGCCCGUGCACCACGAAGCGGCGGCAGCAGCAGCAACACCAGCAACAAUAACAACAAUAGCAGCCAUAAUAAUAAUAACAACAACAACAAUAACAACAGCAGCAGCAGCAGCGGCGGCGGUCUAUCGCGACGCACUCGCCAUUUUUACAGCAACAACGGCAGUCACUUCAGCAACGACAUGUUCCCCAGCCACGCCCCCCGCAGCAGCACCCAAACAUCGCCCAGGGUGGGAGGGGGAGGUCGUCGCCAGCACUCCACCCCGGCUGCCGCCUCCAAUUCGCCACAGCACCAGGGCGUCGAUCCCCUGAGGCUGCUCUAUCCCAAUGUCAACGAGAGCGAGACUCCGCUGCCCAGGUGCUGGAGUCCACACGACAAGUGCUUGUCCAUUGGCCUCUCGCAGAACAACCUAAGGGUCACCUACAAGGGUGUGGGCAAGCAGCACAGUGAUGCCGCCUCCGUGCGCACCGCCUAUCCGAUCCCGUCCUCCUGCGGACUGUACUAUUUUGAGGUGCGGAUCAUCUCCAAGGGACGCAACGGCUACAUGGGCAUCGGCCUUACUGCCCAACAGUUCCGGAUGAACCGCCUGCCAGUAGGUUGGGACAAGCAAUCGUACGGCUACCACGGCGACGACGGCAACUCGUUCAGCUCCUCCGGAAAUGGCCAGACCUACGGGCCCACCUUCACCACCGGCGAUGUGAUCGGAUGUUGCGUUAAUUUUGUGAACAACACGUGCUUCUACACCAAGAACGGUGUGGAUCUGGGCAUCGCAUUUAGGGACUUGCCGACCAAGUUAUAUCCGACCGUUGGCCUACAGACUCCCGGCGAAGAGGUGGAUGCCAACUUUGGCCAGGAGCCUUUCAAAUUCGACAAGAUCGUCGACAUGAUGAAAGAGAUGCGCUCCAAUGUGCUUCGCAAGAUUGACAGAUAUCCACAUCUGCUUGAGACCCCGGAGAACCUGAUGAAUCGCCUGGUUUCCACCUACCUGGUGCAUAAUGCCUUCAGCAAGACCGCCGAAGCCUUCAAUGGCUAUACAAAUCAGACCUUCGACGAGGACUUGGCAUCCAUCAAGAUACGUCAAAAGAUCAUCAAGCUCAUACUGACGGGCAAGAUGAGCCAGGCCAUUGAGCACACCCUACGCUCCUUUCCCGGACUUUUGGAAAAUAAUAAGAACCUCUGGUUCGCCUUGAAGUGCCGCCAGUUUAUCGAAAUGAUCAACGGAGCCGACAUUGAAAAUGUCAACAACAAAGUCACAGCCACCACCCAGACCAUGCCCACAAACCAGACGUCCGUGAUACAGUCCACCAAGGCGUUCAAGCACAGCAAGAGCGGCAAUGGCAAUGGCAAUGGCAAUGGCAAUGUGAACAUCAAUCAGACUCAACAGCAACCAAACAGCACUGCGAUUCCAGCUGUGAUAAAGCCACAAGGCACCGACAAGCCAGAUAUAAAAAACAUGAUGGUUGAUGACAACUCCAACAAGUGCAUGGAGCACGACAGCAACAGCAUGGACGUGGAAAUGGAGCCCUGCCAGAGUCACUCCAACGGCGGCGACUCCUGCUCCAAUGGCAAUGCCAGCGCAGUGCGCAAUUCUCUAGAUGCCAUCGACGAGGAAAUGGAUGUAGACGUUUCCCCCUCGUCGCGCAGCUGCGGUCGUGUCAUCGAGAAGAUCCUCGAGUUCGGCAAGGAGCUGUCCUGCAUGGGCCAGCAGCUGGAGAAGGAGAACCUCAUGACUGAAGAGGAGCGUCAAAUGUUGGAGGAUGCAUUUAGCUUGAUUGCCUACUCAAAUCCCUGGUCCAGUCCGCUGGGCUGGCUAUUGUGUCCGUCGCGACGCGAGAACGUUUCCACCACCCUCAACUCGGCCAUAUUGGAGUCACUGAACUGCGAGCGCCGUCCGCCGCUGGAGUAUCUGGUGGCCCAUGCCGCCGAGCUGAUCAAGGUCAUUGGACAGCACUCGCUGGGCGAGGACGCUUUCAUUACCAUCGACGAUGUGUUCCCGCAAAAUUGA